GUUUCUUUUUACGUUCGAAUACAUUUGUUUUCGCUGAGUAUUUCGCCUUUCGACGAUCUCAUUGUCAUUUUAAAUAGCGAUUAGAAGGAGAGAAGAAUGAAGUGGAAGAAAAUGUAUCAUGAUCACGCGAAACGUUUUACCGUCCAUUGUACCUGACCUCUUUGAAUAAAAUCGUCAAGCAAUGGAUUAGUUGGCUCGGUUCCAUCAUCCGCUGGUUUCUCGAAACUCGCUGUUACGAUGCUACUUAGAACAUUUUCUUCCAAUACACGUUGGAUCUCGAAUGUACUUUAUAUUUUAUCACGUACUUGUAGCUCUAGUAUACAUUUUUCGCGAGAUAUCGGAUUGGAAAAUCAAGUAAAAGCGUUUUCAAAUUAAAAAUUACGCACUCUCUCCUGAGUUUCUUUCUUUUGUUAUCCGAACACGGCGCAUUGCAACACAAUCCAUCUACUUAUUUCCAACUCGUACGACACACACCGUACACUAACGCGCGUAUAAUAGAACGACACGCACGUACAGUUUGCUAGAAAACUUACGUGCACGGAAAGAAAGCUUUAUUCUUCUCCGUUUUUCGAUUAUCCGAGGCACGCUUCGCUCGAACAACACGCGUAUUCCUUUACGAUCUUCAAAACUCCCUAUCGAUUCUUUCUUUAGUCAUACGCGCCUUUCUCCUAAGUCAUUGCCGAUUCAAUUGUUCCCGCUGGUGUCUCCUAACAAUAUAAAUUUGCCUGUUGAAAAAUAACCAACUAACAUUCUCCGUACUUCUUUAUUUACCUUCGUACCUUGGCUGCAACGUGUCGUAGACCUAGUUUUGUUUUUGUAACCGCAGUUACCCAGCGUUAUCCACGUAAACGCUUACCGCCGCAUACACACCGUGCACCCACACAGCUUGCAUACUGAAUUCGUUAGACCUGCACGUGCGCGCGUUUAAUACAUAUGCUAGUCGAGAGCAUCUUUUUAAAGCAGCCGGUAAACACUUACACGCGUGUAUACGCGCUCAAAGGGAUAAAGGUAUUCGUACUUUUCGAGAUUUGUAAGCAUUUCUUAUCUUAACUACCGAACCCUGCUGAUUUGAACUUGGCAUUUGGAAAUCUUUUAACGAAGAAAACAGUCGGUUUAUCUGAACGGGAACGGAGGUCGCGUGAAAUAUGAAAUCAGUAUCGGUUAAUUAGUAUCGACGAAGUGAGACUGCACGAUUGUAAUAAAUACGUCGUUGGCAACUGACUAUGUUGCAUACGAUGCAUAGUACGCGAUUAAUAAAUAAGCUUUUUUUUAAAUAAGACGCAUUAAAAUUGACGUUAUUUUAAGCGCUUGGUAAAUUGAAAACACGUCUGAUUUUUUACGCAUCGGUUAGCAUGGAGGGACUACCGGCACUACGAAUGAAAUAUAAUCGAAUAAUUAACCUCUCGGGAGAUUUCGUUAUUAGAAGACUAUAUCUGUACAGUAUACACGGAGAGAGAUACGCUCCAGGCAGGUCAGUUUCCACGGGACGGUUACGGCGAUUUAGAACAAGUCUAUUUAACGAUGAAAGCAACGCAACAGAUAGACAGAGAGAAAAAGAGAGAGAGGGGAUAACAUUCCAGCGCGUAAGAGAGGGACCCGUUGUAAAUUUAACGCACUGAUCUCAUUCUAUGGUGAAUCCGUCGACGAAAAUAGCGAAUGGUGAACGUGUUAUUAUUAAAGUGCGUUUAGGCUGCUUCGACGUAUGGCAUGCCAUUAAAUUCCUUUUCUAUACUAAACACUUUUCUCGAAAAUAUUUUUACGAUAGCGCCGCAAAUGGUAACGCAAGAUCAUACUUUGGUGCGUGACAAAGGCCGUCGUGGCGACUUAACCUUUUGACUGUAACCUUAGGUUAAUUUAGCUGUAAUCUCUUCGUUUACGCCUCACGAACUGUUCCCGCUUGAAACAUCAAUUUUUACCAAGUUAAAGCCAUCAUAGGUGUUCGAUGAAACAUAGAAAAGUUGUUUGUAAAAUAACGAAACGUAACGUUCUUUAUUUGGAACGUAAUGAACGCUUCUGAUCAUACUCCGUUCGGGAAGGGGUUAACAACCGACAUCGAACACCUAACGUACCUUUACGGUGGAAACGCAUAAUAGAGGAACCGUGCGUACGCGCAUCCGUUCGUUCACUCCUGGAAUGAGUUUCGAGCCGUGUUUAGUCAAGCAAAUAGCCGCGACGCGGCGCUGCAACGCUGCACCGCUGCGAAUGCAACUCUAGUCGAAAUUUCGGGAGGGCGAUGACUGGGGGGGCUUCACCUCCCACAAACUCUGAUCUCGUUUUUCUGUCACUGACCUUCCGCGAACCUUCCACCCACGCUCGAUAGAACUACUCUUGCAUUUAUUAAUUAACUAAUUAUAAAGAAACGAAUUUUUCAUAAUUUUUUUGUUGAAAAGUAGUAAGAAUUAUUAUUAUUAAUAAUGAGCGCUAUAAAUUACUUUCGCGACUUAAAGUUUGUAGAUGCGACAGCGGCAUAGACAAAACAAAUAGCAUGUUAAAGGUAUCGACGAUCCAAGUCGGGGAUCACCGAACCAUGUGACAUCCUUAGAAUGCAAAGCGUCGCUUGCAGUGGCAGAAAUCCAAGGGGGGAGUCUCUAAGUAUACAUACAUACAUUUGGUAUACAUAAGUGGUUGCUGUUAUUACUGUGCUCAGUUUUAUGAAUUCCCUUAGGCACGCGUUUCUUUCCACCCGCGUGGACAUAAACGGUCGACGAGCGGGCACGGGCGCGUGCGCCUGCGAGCAUGCGCACCACUCGCUACCCAUUAUGCCACAAUAAUUACUAAUGUCUGCAUUACAUCACGCUUAUAUACGCGACACACGCCUUCAGGGAAAUCCUGCGCGUGUUAACGUCAUUAAUGUCGUGUCUCUUCGAAACGUUUGAUGCCAUGUUCGAAAACGGCUCACCUUUUUCACGCUUGUUUUCCAUCCAUUAAAUCGUUAAUACCCAAACCUGUGCGGAUGGAACUUAUAAACGGUAGCGCGAAAUUAAUAUAGCAACUUAGAAGGACGACGAACGAUGGCUCGAAAAGCUCAAUUGCAGAAGAUUAGAAUAAUCACGAUCAAGAAUAAGCGAAACCAGAUGAGCUCCUCUGACGCAUUCGCGAGGACACUUGGCCAGAAAUAGGGAAUGAGCAUGCCGAGAGCAAUCUCAGUCAGCAGCGACAAAGAUUUUCUCGGUUCACCGAUGCUCCAACAAAUGGUUUUCUUGUAAUACGAAAGGAAAGUUUAAGUUGAGCAUCUUUGUGUCGUAACGAUUGAAGGGCCGAAAAGUUGAAGGGAUUCUCUGGUCGGUGUCAUCACGGCAAAAACACGGGCAUGGCAACAAGGAGAGUUAAGCGCGUCUUCCAACCAGCUGGUGGAACGUGUGACGUCACGCGUCUACCUACAUCGACGCUACGGUUGUCCUCAUCCACCUCCUCCCCGUCACUCCGUCCACUAUCGAUACACUCUACUCUCCCCACCCUUCAACACAAUUCCCCCACCAAACUGCUGGAAUACUCACACACGUUACGAACACUCGGUCCGUACGUGCACACUGUCGUACGUGGCACGAGACACGUGUCAGGGCCGUAGUUCCCUGUUGGACCAUCUCCCGUGAGAGUCUCAUUGAAUCGUCAUGCUAUAUUUAUUGUUAAUCAUGGUGUAUUAUAGGAAGACCGGUUAAACGUUAAGUAAUCCGAUUCUUUGGUUCAAUAUUUGUACAAACCGCCUUUUAACCGACUGAAAUUAUGUAAUAUAAGAAAUCAUGUUAUAGACACAUCAGAAAUCUUAUCGAUGAACCGAGUAAAGCGUGUUUCAUUCUCGGUUGAUGAGCACGAUCGAUGAAAGCAUCGACCGCGAUCGUGUCGAUAAAAGAGCAGAAAAUAAAGAAGAAUCGCGUACGAAAGCAACGCGUCGUGGCACGACCCUGAUUCGUAGUAGAUACACAGGGUUGCUGAUAGGUGGGCAGUGGGCGGCGGGCAGAGGGAGCAGGGGCAGCCGAGUAUCGGCGACACGAGCCGAUCCAUCCCCUCCACUUUCACGACCGAUCUCUGGCUCGAGACUAGAAAAGUGGAAGGGCGGUGUUGGUGGGGAUAACAUCUGCUCUUAGCGUGAUUGCCGUGUAUUGAUGUAGCUUUAUGGUGCGCGGCAGGCUGUGGGCAACAAAGUAAGCUUACGGUCGUUAAUGUUCCCUACUACGUGAAAUUCGAGGCCGCCGGAAUAUUGCGCCGCGUACGAUUUCGAUGUGCUUGCCGCGUUCCAAGCGAGAUUCGCUAAGUUACGGGACAAGUGGUUCGCCGGACAAGAAAUACGGAGAUCAACCAAGAUCGCAUCGACCAAAGAUCGACAACGCUACCUAUAGGACGCUAAGAUGAGAUUGGAGGAAGAUUUAGUAAUUCGUAGGAGCAGACCCACAAUGAUUUCCGCCAAGUAUCGUGCGAGAGAAGAACGCCGUCGCCUGUUGAAGAUUUCGGCCGGUAAAUUGAGGAGAAUCGAAGAUCCAGAGGCCAGCCUCUGUAGAUCGGUUCUGAUAAACAAUGCCGUGAGGCGAUUGCAACGAGAGAAUCGGGACGAAAAAACGAGGAAUUACGGUCUUCCGGUGGUCACAUAUCUGAACGACUCCACGAAAGAGAACAACGUUUCUAGUAAUCUUAUCGUCGGUGUGACGGACGACGAGACGUCCUCGAGGAAAAGAUUGAACGACGACUCGAGGAACGAGGGACUCGGUACGAAGCGACAGAGGCACGACGACCUCGACCUUCAGGACGACGUGUUCAGCGACUUUUAUAUCCUUCCACCUACCCCUCGAUUGCUCUCUCAUAUCGACGAGGUUCAAGAGCCGGAAUCCCCACAUCACCAUCAUCUGGUAUAUCCAGAGGAUCGUUUAGGAUCCGUGGAUGUUCGGUCAGGCAGCACCAUCAUCAACACGAGUACAGCGAGCACAACGACGAACGGGAAUUCCGCCACGUCCGCGGCCAGUUGUUGCAAUUCCGUGAUGUUCUCUAGCGAGUUGGACGAUGCGAGUAGCCAAUUGACCGGCGUUACGAGAUCCAGUGACGUUGGCAUGAUGGAGGCAUCGGACGUGGUCGAUCCGGACAGGAUCUGCGAUUUCGCGAGGUUCGCGGAUUCCGCGAAAAGCUUGGAAGAACGUUUGGUAGAACUGCAAUCGUUGGACGAACAUUUCGAUCUAGCGAAAUUCGAAAGAAAUAACAAUCAAAGUUGCGGCAGAGCAUUCCACGAUAUCCAAACCUUCCACAGCUUAGUGCCCGGUUUGGAGACCUAGAAGGGAGCCUCGUGCCUCGAGCACCCUCCUAUCGUUGUGUCUGGCUCGACAGAGAAUCACGACCACGACGACGACGAUGCGGGUAGACGGCUUCGCGGCACACACGAGGAACCACGGCGAGGAUGAACCUGGACUGGAAGGUGAAGAACGCUGCCUUAUCAACGGCAGCUACGGUUCCCGGCUCGAUCGGUGCACCAGAGUCGCUCAAUGACUAAUGGGGUAUGCUCGCGGUCGGUAUACGAGCAGACACGGAGGGUGCAUGUCGUACCAAACGGAGUCGAAUUAAAGAAGAAGAAAGAGGAGGAGUAAGAGUGGAAGAGAAGAAGAGGAAGAAGCAUAGGGGCCCCUUUUGGAUCAGCUGCAACUUCGAAUAACUUGUUCGAAGGUGCAGCUGUGGACUAGCAUGUCGCUACCAGCAAAAUGGAAUACCCAAAUGUUUCCUUCUGUUUUCCUUUGCAGUUCGUACGAUGCAAAUCAAAUGCAAUCGACGGAUGAAAUCUAGGAAAAGAAAGACUGUUCAAGAACGAGACUAUAUAAACCCGAAUCGGUGUGUUUUUGGCUAUAGGACACGGUCACGGAUAUUUCUUUAGAAUUCGAUGGAAUAUUUUCGUUGUACGUACGAGUGUCGGUACCAAAACCUCCUGGAACACGCGUUACUUUAUGUAAUUUGUAUAUAUUCGAGUACGUUCGUAAGAGCACAUUAAUGAUAAUAUUAUAGAUCAAUUUGUAGUGAAAAAAAUUCACGGAGAAAGUAAACGCUGAGAAGCGAGAAAAAACACUGAACGAGAUGCGCGUGUACGUGUAUAAAUGCCUUUAGAGUAGCUGUGAAUCGAUGUAAAAGUGACGUACGGUGAAAAAGAAAAAGAAAAAAAAUUGGAUGAAUUUACUACUGCGCGAUAAUGCCACAAUGGGCCUUCAAUUUCUAUUUCUAUUUAAGAUAUUUCCUUCGUAUUCUGUCGUCAUUCACGAAACGAGCAAUUAGUUUCUCGCAAACGAUUCCUCCGCCAAACUUUUCGUUUUCGUAUAGCGCGUCGCUAGUUUCUGGUUGGUCGAAAAGGAUGCCGAAUUAGAAUGAUCAAGAGUGUUAAAAAUAUCGACAUACAGUGUCACAAAAUCAAUUCAAAGUAUUUCUUCGUUCUUUGUUCUCUUUGAAAGCGGAUCGUUGGACGUUCGUUUCUCGCGUGGUAUUUUUCUUCUUUUUUUGUUAACGUUUUUAUUAUAACGAUGAAUCGCGUUAGCUCGCUACGUCGGUUUGUAAAGUUUCGAAUUUUUGUUACGACUCAUAUACACGAUCCUGUAUAUAAUGUAUUGUUUUUAGGGGUAUGUAAAUGAAUAAGUUCAGUUCGAUAAGCUGUAUACACCCACAUGCGCGCUGGGCUACUCUCGGUUCAGAGAUUUCAUACGAUUGAAUAAGUGAAAGAAAAAGCUCAAAUUGAAAAUUAAAAAAAAAAUUUUUUUUAACUAAUUAACGAGUUAACCGUGAGUAGCCUAGCCUUCAUGACGUCGUACGGUAUAAGGUAUAAACAGUGCGGUCCACGAGAGAGCUCUUUGCACCUUAUGCUUCCCCACCAUCAUCAUUUUCUUUCAGUCUCCCUUGCAACCAGGCUAACAGUUCCGGAACCACACGGCUCUCCCUACCCUGACAAACAUAUACACAUGUAAUCUCCACUUGUGGAGUGUGUGUGGCAAGUGCAUACGAGCACGUGCACCUACUUACAUAAAGGUGGGAAACCGUCUGAUUCCCUAAAGGACUCUCGUGGUCGGCACUGUAUUACAACAUGGACUCUGCGAACGUUGUUCGGUGCAAUGCUUGGUCCCUUCAAUUCCUUUUACGUCGUCUUCAUGGUAUACCUUGACGAAGGACCAAGAGAAUUCACUGUUGUGUGUUUACGUAAAUGCUGGAAAUCGGUUGGUGGUUAGCUUCUAUGCAGCUUACUUAGUGCUGUCUAUUGGUGAACAUUCCGAGAGAAAACACUCGUGUUAGUUAUUCCAUGUCCGAAAUAUCGAAGGAACCUUGAAGCUUAAGAAAAGACAGCACUGCCUUAAACUUAUCGACGUCCAAAGUUCAAAGAAAUGGUAAAACAGAAAUGGGAUGAUCGAUGUGUGUCGCGUAUGCAGCUGAUUUUUUUCUUUUUACAUUCGACCAUUUUUGUAUGUUUCGUAGGAUCGACAGCCCUUGUAUCGUUUCCACCGAGAGCAUAGAAAAAUCCGAUCAACCUUUUAUACAAGUUCGUUCUCUCGUCUUUCUGCCACGUAAUAACGAUAUUUGAAUCGGCUCGGUUUCGUCAGAGACGUCAAGGCAAUGACGAAUCUGCUGGUAGAAACGUGUUUGUAAAUUGAAAAAUCGAUUAUUGGAAAUAGAAAGAAUGAGGAAAGCGUGGAAACGAUGUAAAGAGAAAUCCAAUCUUCCUUUCGAUCGUUUGGAUCGCGUUUCAAGGGUUAUCUUGCAUCCGCUGAGAGGACCGAUUCUUGAUCCGUGGUUCAACGCGAUUCACACUGUAAAUAGCUAUGUUAGCACCCCUCAAGCAACUAGUUAUGUAUAAAGUUUCGUACGUUGUUUAGGUUUUUAGUACUAGUUAUCCGAGAUCAGUUACCAAUUAUACGAACAAAUUGCAAAUAUACCGCAAAAAUAUAAUUCGCCGUUCUACUCAUCUACCUCAGCCCUUUCCCUGUGAUUUACGCAACAGAAAGCACCUACACAAGGAGUGGGCACAUAGCGUCCCGCUAAGAGUUAAGGCCCAUCUAGCUCCGACCAAUCAGACCCAAUUCCUUAGGAGUCUCAACUUAGUAGACGCGUACUGUACAUAGCCUAUAUUGUGGAAACUUCUUUAUCAGAAUGCUCCAAAAAGCAAGAGUUUAUGGCAUUUCAGACCGUCAUAAACCGGGAAUUUUCUGGGGAAUCAAGGAGGGGAUGGAGUACUAGAUUUCCUAAGAAUGGAAACUUGUAAGUAUUAUAAAGUCAUAAUAUGUGUGUAACAAUAUAAGAAGUUAGGUACUAUAGAAACAUAAAUCUUGGAACUUACUCUUUGACCACGGCUUGAACGCAGAGCAUGCCCAACACUCUCCUGGUUGGCCCGCGUUAAUGGCGCUCUCUGAUUGGUCAGUGUUUUUCGUGAAUAACUCGAAAACGAAGCCUUAACCAACAUUUUGGCAAAGGAAAAAGUUGUUUAGAAUCACCUCGGCAAUCAUCCCUCCACGGGUUCUACCCCAGUUCUGGGACACUCUGUAUAUCGAAGAUGAUCUUCGAUCCUAAGGAAUCGAUGGGUCAAGGUCUUCGGAAGAAGAAAACUUGAGAAUACAGUUUUUUGGUACUUUUUUAUUAAGUGUUGCGAAUAUAUAUACAAAGGAUGGCGAACUAAUAAUAACUAUUACAUUAGAACCAAAUAAACAAAGGUUAUCAUGAUAGUAUUUAACGUAUGUUAACAUUCGUUUAAAUAACAUAAUGGUUGCAACGGUGUGUGCCGAAAUUUUCAAAAAAGAUGUUGGUCAGUGCGUACGCGAAAGGCGUCUCAUUGUCAUUCAUUUAUUUGACGCACACGUAAAAUAUGUGUAAUUGCUUUCAUACUGUAUCGACAUUAGCUUCAAAACGUUCGAUUCUCGAACAGAGAAAAAAUGGGUUCGAGAUCGGGAUCGAUAUCCUGUCGGUAAUCACUAUUGGAACAGUUACACUCGAUAUUAAUAACGAAUCCACCAAACGUUCGUUUAAUCGAAUCGAUAUUCGUUUGCUCCCCUCGAAAAUGAGGGUAAUUCGCAUUUUCAAUUGAAACGAUAAGUUAGAAUUAAAAAAGAAAAAUAAUAAUAAUAAUAAACUACUACCCGAUUAGUAUCUGUUUGCAGAACGUUUUCACGUCGAACGAAUCGUGAUCGUGUUAUCAAACGAAUUGGAAAUCGAUAGGCGUGCUUGUUUCGUUGACGUAUUAAAAAGGUGAAAAAUUUUCUAUCGUUCCCGCGUUCCCCUGAUAUUUGUGCGUUUAAAUCGCGACUGUUCGAAUUCAUUCGAAACGCGGUUCACGAAGCCUACGAUUCAAAAAGUUGCGAUUAAUUGACGCGGAUACAAAAUCGUGUAAAAAAAUGAGAACACUUUUUCCCGAUUCAUCGAUCGAUCGAUCUUGGAUUUCCAAUCGCGAGAACUUUCAUUUCGUUAAGAUACCUUAUGUUGACCGUUAGCUAUUGUUAAUUUUGGUGGACGCGCCAACGAGGUUUCGUGAAUUUAUUCAUUCAGACAUAGCAAUAACACGAUGUGUUCGCUCUUAAAAAACAAAACAUUGAUAUUCGUAUUCAUGGCAUCGAGAAGGAUUGCCGUAAUCUUAGCGUGCUUCAUUUUUCUUUUUUAUUGCUUCCCCCCCCCCCGUUUUCAUUGCUAAUUAAUAGUGACCUCAAUUCUCAUUUCGUCUAAUAAAAUAUCCUUCCUAAGUAAAGCGAUUGAUCGUCUGGCGCACUUCACCUUCUGUCGCGUCUCGAUCCGCACGCGGCCUGUCGUUUGUCUCGAAAAAUAAUUUUUUCUGCAGGGAACGUCAAAUGAUUUUUGUUUCUCCUCGAAGCUUUUCGAAGCGAUAAACAACAAGGAACGCGAUCUUAAUGCAAAUUGUAAUACCAUGGUACGUUAUCAGACAUUUACUCCCGGAGUUCUGAAAAUUAAAUGAGAAAAUUGAGCAGUUUCAAAAGAAUACAAAAAAAAAAAAAGAAAAAAGUCAAGUUCGAAGGCGUUCCUUUCGCCAAAAAUCAUUCCACGAUUUCUGCACCCGCCUCCUCCCCCAUUUCUGCCUACAAUAAUUACACUUUUCGUUUAAUCACAAAAAUAGAAUUCUUAAAACUUAAACUCAGUUCACUCGCACUCUAUUUUCUUCUCUCUUUCGCGCGCAUUUUUUUUUUUAAUUUCUUUUAUACCCCACCCCCACACAUCACUUUCUCGUUUUCUUCUGUAUCUUUAUACACCCAUACAUGCAUACACACACACACAUACACACACAGAGGCAAUCUAUUUGCUGAGAAGUAUGCAGUUAGCGUUGACAAAUUAGUUGUUGCGUUAUUAUUGAUUUAUCCGAUCGAACAAUCAUUUCCACGCUCGAUCGAUCUGAUAAUUUGAGAAAGUGUAUACGUCACUAUAUAAACAAUUCGUACACCGCGUACCUAAAAAUUCAUUCUCAUCAUUUCGAUAAAUAAAUUACUUUAUACAAUUUAACAAAUCGCUGACGCAAUGAUGGUGUAUAAAUUUAAAGAAACAUUCACGAUUAACAACGAUAGAAUUGUUUGAGCAAUAAUUGAAUUGUUCUUUUCAGAAAGUGCAUUUGACUUCGAUUGAUGCAACACGAUGAUUCAGCAGCAACGACGAUAAUUAACAUUCCCGCGAACUCGAUGCCGGAUAUUAAUUAAACGUAAUUAGUUGUUAAAAGGGAAAAUUUAAAAAACCCACAGAUGCUAAAAAAAAAAUAAAAAAAAAGAAAAAAUGUCGAUUUCUGCAUUCAGACCAAGGAACGACCUCCAACCUUUUCGAUCCUCUCUAAGAAUCACUCGUGUAACAAAGAAGGGCUGUAACAAUUAUUCUACAAUAACGAUUAUAAAACUAUCUUUUCAUGUUCCUUCGUUUCGAAUUCAGGAAAGAAAGAAAAUAGAAACGAAGCGAAAGAAAGGGUUGAGACUUGAAUCGUCGUCGCAGCGAGCAAGCCAGCAAGUAAUAUGUAUGUAUGAAAAUAAAUAAGGAAUAGUGAUUCUCGAUAGAUGAGACAUUAAAUGAAAUCACUGUUCUCUAUCACUCGUAUUUAAACGAUUUAGUGUUUUUUUUUCUUUCUUUUUCGCGUGUACUCUCAUUUUUUCCAUAACAAACACAUGCACGUGACACAUAAGCGCGUUAUUCAAAAAAAGCUAAGAAACAGAGAGAAAAAAAAAAAAA